CGAGAGGAGAAGGUGGGAGGGGAGGGGAGGGGAGAGGAGAGUGGAGGAGAAGAGUGAGGAGGGAAGAGGAGCUCCGAGCCAUGAAAGGAGCGAUGUGCUCGUGCUGGUGAGACAGGAGUGAGCGGCAAUCGAAAGAGUUCCUGGGAAGUCUGCCAUCAUGUGGAGCAAGCGGAAGAAAGACGGCAAAGCUGGAGGGAACGAGGCUCCUGACUCCCCUGCCAGCGUCAAGAGCUCUACCCCGGCCAAGGCGCCGUCGGCUGCUGAGUUUGCGCACUUCCGUGACCUCCUACAAGCCAAGUGCGAUGAAGCUGACGACCUCCACAACAACCUCAGGCUGGCCAAGGACAGUCUGCGGCAGCUCUCAGAGGAGCUGGACCAGAAGAAUACCAGAUGCGAAGCUCUGGAGGAGGAGAAUGGGAAGAUGAAGAGCGAGAACGAGAAGCUGAAUGCAGAGAUUGAGGAGCUGCGAAGACAAGUUCGACAGCGCGAUGAAGUGACGGACUUGCUCGAGGGGGAGGUGGCGGCGUUCCGUGAGAGCCUUCAGGUACGUCGCGCUCGGCGAUGGAUGAGGACCUGA